AUGAAGGAACCCGAUGCCAUUAAACUUUUCAUCGGGCAGAUCCCACGGAAUUUGGAGGAGAAGGAUCUGAAGCCCAUCUUCGAGCAAUUUGGGAAGAUCUACGAGUUGACAGUGAUUAAGGAUAAAUACACGGGCAUGCACAAAGGAUGCGCGUUCCUGACCUACUGCGCCCGGGAAUCGGCCCUCAAGGCGCAGAGCGCGCUGCAUGAGCAGAAAACGCUCCCAGGGAUGAACCGGCCGAUCCAGGUGAAGCCAGCAGACAGCGAAAGCAGAGGAGGUACGAGCACUGCCUCUUCCCUGCCAGAAGACCGGAAGCUGUUUGUGGGGAUGCUGGGCAAGCAGCAGACGGACGAGGACGUCAGGAAAAUGUUCGAGCCCUUUGGGAACAUCGACGAGUGCACGGUGCUGCGGGGGCCAGACGGCACCAGCAAAGGCUGCGCCUUCGUGAAGUUCCAGACCCACGCCGAGGCUCAAGCCGCCAUCAACACGCUGCAUGGCAGCCGGACAUUGCCGGGCGCCUCCUCGAGCCUUGUGGUGAAAUUCGCCGACACGGAGAAGGAGCGGGGCCUGCGCCGGAUGCAGCAGGUGGCCAACCAGCUGGGCAUGUUCAGCCCCAUCGCCCUGCAGUUCGGGGCCUACAGCGCCUACACCCAAGCACUAAUGCAGCAGCAGGCAGCCCUGGUCGCUGCUCACUCCGCCUACCUCAACCCCAUGGCCACCAUGGCGGCCGUCCAGAUGCAGCAGAUGGCCACCAUCAACCCCAACGGCCUCAUCGCCACGCCCCUCACGCCCCUCACCCCCUCCUCAGGUACCAGCACGCCGCCCGCCAUCGCCGCCACCCCUGUGUCCGCCAUCCCGGCCACGCUCAGCGUCAACGGCUACAGCCCGGUCCCCACGCAGACCACGGGGCAGCCGGCCUCCGAGGCCCUCUACACCAACGGGGUCCACCCGUACCCAGCUCAGAGCCCGGCCGCCCCCGUGGACCCCCUGCAGCAGGCCUACGCCGGGAUGCAGCACUACACAGGGCCCGCCUACCCCGCUGCCUACGGGCUGGUGAGCCCGGCCUUCCCCCAGCAGCCGGCCAUCCUCACGCAGCAGCCGCCCCCGCAGCAGCAGCAGCAACGGGAAGGCCCCGAGGGCUGUAACAUCUUCAUCUACCACCUGCCCCAGGAGUUCACUGACUCCGAGAUCCUGCAGAUGUUCCUGCCCUUCGGGAACGUCAUCUCUGCCAAAGUCUUCGUGGAUCGGGCGACCAAUCAGAGCAAAUGUUUCGGGUUCGUAAGUUUUGACAAUCCCGCCAGCGCCCAGGCUGCCAUCCAGGCCAUGAACGGCUUCCAGAUCGGCAUGAAGCGCCUGAAAGUGCAGCUCAAGCGACCGAAAGACGCCAACCGGCCGUACUAA